AUGGACCCCAGACCUACAUGUUUUACAUCAAAAUUUCAUGAGUGGAUGGUUCUUUUUAUUGUCUGUAUGGCACAAUUCCUUACUCAGGGCGGCAUUACUAUGUCUUUAAGUACAAUGAAUAUUAUUACUGAGUCAUUCGAAGCUGCUUCGGGUCAGUCAGUCGAGUCUUCACAAAAGGUGUGGUUCAUGGGUCUGUUUGCCUUGACAGUUGGAACUUUUAUGUUGAUAAGCGGAAAAUUGGGAGACUUGUUUGGGCUAAAAUUGAUAUUUAAUAUUGGGUGGAUUUGGGUAACAUUGUGGAGUUUGUUAACUGGUGUCUCAUAUUAUUCAAAAUCAAUAAUUUUUUUCAUUGUUUGUAGAGCAUUUCAAGGGUUUGGUUUCGCUUUAUUAAUUCCAAGUGGAGUUGGUCUAAUAGGAAGUAUAUACCAGAAUGGAGCCCGAAAAAAUUUUGCAUUUGGAUUGAUAGGUGCUUCUGGACCGACUGGUGCAACAAUCGGGGCGUUAUUUGCAGCGAUCUUCAGUGAAUUGGUCUGGUGGCCAUGGGCAUUUUGGAUGAUGGCAAUACUGGCUGCCAUCUUUGGCAUGUUAUCUUAUUUUGUGAUACCACUGGAUGUCAAGAAGAGUGCAACAUUAUUCAAGGAAAAAUUGAUGAGAAUGGAUUUCCUUGGGUCUUCUGUUGGUGUUUCAGGUUUGAUAUUGCUCAAUUUUGUUUGGAAUCAAGGACCAGAAUCCAGUUGGUCAGCUGUUUACGUAAUAGUGUUAUUGGUAAUUUCAAUGUUAUUGAUCAUUUUGUUCUUCUAUUUGGAAUUGAAGGUAGUCAAAUACCCUUUACUUCCUAGGUCAGUGUUUAACCUCAAAAUUGGGCUAGUGUUAUUGAUAAUAAGUUUUGGCUGGGGAUCAUUUGGAAUAUGGCAAUACUAUUAUUGGAGCAUCAUUUUAAACUUAAGGCAUUAUUCACCAAUUCAAGGCGGUCUCACUUAUAUACCUCUCUUCAUUUUAGGAGUUGUUGCAGCCCUUUGUGUAUCUGCAAUUAUUUCCAGGACGAAGCCAUCUUAUCUAUUGGCUCUCUCAGCAAUCACAUUUAUGAGUGGAUGUAUUAUGCUUUCUGUUAUGCCAGUGCAUCAGACAUUCUUUAGGGUGUCCUUGGGAAUGAUGUUCGUGCUUUGCUGGGCUAUGGAUGUGAGUUUCCCAAGUGCAAGCAUUAUCUUAUCAGAUUACUUACCGGCCUAUCAUCAAGGUAUGGCGGGCUCACUUGUUUCAACAGUUAUUAAUUAUUCAGUAUCCUUGUUUCUUGCAAUAGCUAGUACUGUCGAAUCGCAAGUAUUACAACGUACUGGUGACGAACUAAAGAGCUAUAGGAGUGCAAUUAAUAUGGGAACGGGAGUGGCAGGAUUGAGCGUUUUGUUUUCUCUUAUAUUUAUAUUUAUCCAAAGAAAUGAUGACAUAGGGACCUUCGAGUCUACCGAAGACAAGGAAGAUCUUUUGAACCAUAAUAGAGAAAUAUCUUAG